CAUGAUACGACUCAACCAACGGCCACGCGCGAAGAUGCUCCUGAUUGGUCGAUCGGAUACCUGGAGUACAUUGCGAUUUGGAAAACGCUGUUCCAAGCAUUUCAACCAUGCCUCCUACACAGCUUAUCAUCGUCUGUUGCCAUGGGCUGUAUGUCGGCGGCCCUGCGCCCCCCUAUGAUGAGAAAUCAUGGCUUAUUGCGCCAUUCCAAUCAGGGGAAGAGCCGACGUUCGUUGAACAUAUUCGCGCAGGCGUACAACGCGUUGCUGAUAAUGUGGAUAAGUCAGUGUUGAUGUUCUCAGGGGGUCCUACACGCAAAGAAACCGAACUCUCGGAAGCCCGUACCUAUCUGCGUGCUGCCCAGGCUCAUUCAUUCUGGGGUCAAUCAGUCCCGACUUCGAGCAUCCUACUCGAAGAGCGCGCACUCGACUCCUACCACAACAUCCUUUUUAGCUUGACGUUGUUCUACUCCUCAUUCACCGCCUGGCCUUCCCGAGUCACCAUAAUCAGCCACGAUUUCAAGCGCCCCAGGCUAUUGGACAGUCACUGUCGAGCGAUCGGUUACCCCUUGGAACAGGUUGAAUUUAUUGGAAUCGACCCUCAAAGCAUGCGGGACAGAAACAACAAAGCAGCGUGGCAGGGUGUAGCUACUGCGAUGAGGGAUUGGGAGGCCGAUCCGCAUGGUCGAGGUAGCAAACUGACUGGCAAAAGGAGCGGCAGGAAUCCGUUCAAUGUGUGGCAAGGAAUCUUCGUUGAAGAAUUCCAAGGGAGGAAAGCCAGUGGCCUCGUGACUAUCGGUCAUGGCAAAGACGAAAUCCUUGAUACAGAAGCGUCGAGGCCGUGGUAGGUAGUGUCUUCGAAUAAUAUCUAUAGACGUGAGUUUUGCUGGGCUCCAUCUGCGACUGCUUGUACCAGAAAAGCGACUGCAUCUUGUACCAUAUCCGCACUGAAGGCGUGACCGACGCCCUCAUACACCCUGUCAUCGACGUCAAUCUCAAGUUCUUUGAGUAUCUGCACCAUCCGUUUGC